AUGCUGCAUGCUGCGCAGGGGCUCCCCUGGAGCUCGCGGGGGCCGCGCGCGGUGGCGGCGGCCCCUGCUGGUGGCGGCGGCUGCUGGCCAGGUGCCUUCGGCGGCGUGCAGCCGCCCCGGCCGCUGACGCGGCCCCGCCCGCGUCGGGCUCUGGCGGCGCUGGCACGGUGGUUCAGCAAGCAGUACGUGGAGAUCCACGUGCACGCGGCGAGCGGCGCGGAGGCCGCUCUGGCAAGUCAGGCCGCCGCGGAGCUCGCGGCCGUCGCCCUGGGCAGCACCCCUUGCGUCGCUGGCCAGGGAGGCGCCUGCGCCGAGCGCUGGCGGUGCGGCCCCGAGGCGGAGGCCCGCCGCGGCCAAGGUGUGCACUGCGGCGGCGGCGAGGCGUGGAAGGCGCUGGCGGCGACCUUGCCAGGCGGCCGCUACAGCUUCGCGUCGGGCGCCAGACUUCGGCGCUACGCGGACGAGCAGGCCGCGAUCGUGGGCUACGCUCAAGCACGAGGCGCCGGAGCCGGCUCCCGUGUUCGACCGCCUGCAGCCGCGCGGGCGCUGAUCGACAUGUCGCUCGGAGUCCUUGGCGGGGCGGAGGCGACCAGCGCGGAGGAGUUCCAGUGGGAGUUCCGAGUGGCCGAGCUCACGGACGACUACCAGCCGCUGCAGGUGGACGUCACGGUGGUGCACCCUGGCCUGGUCUCGGACGGCGCGGGCAUCGCCGUGCCCAUCGCUCCGACCAGCAAGGUGCGAGGCGUGCUGACGCUGGCGCUGCCGGCGGAUGUCUGCCCUUGGUUGAGCCCGCACUUCGCGGUGCUAGGCGAUCCCUCGAUGCUGCUGCCCGCGGAGGACGGCCAGAUGGCGACGGUCGCGUUCCUGCGGGUCAACGCGGAGGGCGGGGGUUGGAUGGGGCCGGACCUCGACGCGGUGCUUGGCGGCGCGCUGGGUUCGGGCCCGUGGCGCGGCCUGCUUUGCGUGCGCUGGCCGCCGCCCGAGCCCGAGCCAGGCGUGGGGGAUCAGGUCGUCGGUCCCGAUGGGCAACCGCUCCCGGGCGCCACCGCGCCCCCUGGCGCAGGCGCCGCCGCGGCCGCGGCGCGCUGGGAGCCUUGGUCGCCUCCUGCUGGACCCGAGCACGGCAUCUCCGAUGCGCAGGCCAGGCGCGGUGCGCAGCGGCAGAGGCAGCCCGCUGGAUCUGGCAGGGCCACCGUCGCGACGCAGGCGGCGAUGCUGGAGAGGCUCGAGAGCUCCAACCAGGACGUGCUGAGGCGCGUGUUCGCGCCGGAGGCGGCAGGCGGCCGUUGCUCGGCGGCGGCCCCGCCGGGCGACGCCGAUCCGCCGCGCGCCGAGCUUGGCGCGGGCGGCCCGCCGCUGGCUGCGGCCCCCGCUAGGCGACGGGACGCGGCGCGCCGCAGCCCCCGCCCAUCCCAGGUGCUGGGUGCUCCGCCGGCUGAAGGUGGAGAUUGGGCCGCCGUGGCUUGGGCGCUGAGCGCCGCUGGCACGCCGCCGCUCGCUCGCUUCGGCCAGCCCGCGGGGGUAGCAGCCGCCAGCCGCGCCGGGGCCGACAUGGGCACCAUCCGCUCGGCCCGCGCCGACUUCGCGAGGCACCGCGGCGUGCAGCUGGCGGAGGUCGCCGAGGGCGAGGUUCGCAGGUCGCCAGUGGGCAUCGCGACUUGGUGCCAGGCCACCGCUGCCGCGCCCGCCGCAGCGCCCCCGCCGCGCGCAGCCGCCCCGCAGCCUGCAGGCGCGACGCCCGCCGGGCUGGCCGCGCGCUGGGCUGCCGUGGCCGAGCUGCAGCGGAUCCCUGCUGGCGGCGCGCCCCACGCGCUUGCCGGGAUAUUGCGGCCGGGCCUCGACGAUGGGCCAGGCGUUGCUGGCGAGAUGCCAGGGGCCCGAGGCGCGGCCGGCAUGGAGAUGCUUCGCAGGGACUUGCAGAUGAGGCCCGCCGCAUGGUCGAACAUGAUCCGGGGCAACACGGAGCUGGCCUUGGCAGGGGCGAACGACGACCCCGACCCGCGCGUUUGCAGCAUUGAGGAGUUUGUCGUCAGGGCGGGCUCGAUCAACCGCGGCAACCGGACGGCGGCGCACCUGGGCUUCGGGCUCGCGCGCGUGGCCGACCUGAUGGCGCGGGGCCAGCGCGAGAUGGCCGAGGCCGUUGUUCUGCUGCUGCUGACGGCGCUCGAGCAGGCGCAGAGGAACAACGGCCGCUGGCAGCUCUCGUGGCUGCUCACCCACCUGCCGGAGCAGCCUUGGUUGCAGAUGGCGUCAGGCCACAGCGGCUCGGUGGACAGCCUGCGCGCCUUUGGGCAUUUGGCGGGGCCCACCUGGGCCGCGGCGGCGAUGGCCUACACGAAGGGCGCAGCUUCGCUGGCCGAUGCCCGUCGGAAGUUCAACGACGACCGCGGCAGUGGAGGGCGCGUAGCCGGCGCUGCCGGCUUACUGGAGGGCCUCGCGGCGGGGGUCCCGCGGGCGCAGAUCGGCAUCGUGCGCCGCCUCCUGCAGAUCGCCGAGCUCCAGGUGAACUUGAUGGUGGUCGCUUGCUCUUUUCUGGCGCUGGGCUCUACUCGCUGGUGUCCUGCUUCGUGCAAGACGGGGAUGGGUUUGACAGAUCUGCAGCGUGACAGGCUGCCGCAUCUUCUAGCCCUUGCCAAGCAGUGGAGCCGCGCGCCCUACCGCAUGAGCAGCCGCGGCAAGAUAAAGAUACAGGGGCUUCUCGAAUUCGCUAUGCAGCUUCGCGGAGCAGCGCCAGGGCAACCCGGGCGCGCUCUGCCUCCUCUCGCGGUGUCGCCUUUCGCGGCCAGCCGCGCGUCCCUCUGCAAGCAGGAGGCCCACUUCGACCCGGUCCACCGCCUGCCCGUCUUCGAGGCGGCGGCGUACGUGGACCCCAGCCCGAUCGAGAGGGACCAGCCGAUCGAGCACGGCCUGAAGACUAUGCGACAGCGGCUGGUCUCUGGCCACGCGCUGUGCGACUUCGAGCUGCAGGGCGACUUCGUGCCCGUCUUGUUCGCCGAGUUCUCCCCGGCGGUGCUGCAGGCGGGCGGCUCGCUGGCUGAUGCGGUGCGCGCUCGGCGUCGCCGCCUUUUCCCGCGCGGACCGCGCGCCGAGCUGCUGCAGAUGGACGACCGCGUCGGCAUCGGGCAGCGGGCGCGGGGCUCGCGCAGGCUGCCGCCGGCGCUGGUGAGCCUCCUCGCGGGCGCGCGGGAGCAGUGCGCCAAGGUGGGCCUGAAGGCGCUGGGCGACAAGCGCGUGGCUGGAGAUGCGGGGGGCUUUGCGCUGGGUGCCGAGGUGCUGUCCUCGGGACAUAUCGGGGCGGAGAGGCCGCGGCGCGCUGGUCUGGCUCUGCUAUCCUCUGGCAUCGCGGCACACGGCAUUGCGGACGGCGCCCUGCUGCGGAGGUCGGUGGCUAGCCUGGUGCACGUCAUGGGCUUUCGGCGUCCUGCCAUGUGCCUGGUGGACGAGGGGCUGAUGCUGCUCUCCAUGCUCGCGCCCGCGCUGGUCACCAAACUCAAGGCCAAGGUCGCCCCCAGAGUGGUGUGCAGCGACGCCUCGCACCUGAACGUGUCGGCCGUUGUCGCCGACGUGGCGCAGCACAUCGUGCGCGAGAUCUGGCGACAUCGUGAUCAGCGGGGUUGGUAUAUUCCGCUGAACUGCAAGGAGGUGGCCUACAUCAGCGUGGACAAGCGCCCCGAGGACAGGGCCUGGCUGCAGGACAUCGACGAGGAGCUCCGCCCUUGCACGAAGGUGCCUCGCUGGCACUUGCUGGAGGCGCAUGCUGCUGCUGGCCUGAGAGUUGGACCUCGGAUCGACCCGAAGAUGCACCCGAUGUGGGACCUGCGAUCCACCAGGAUCGUCGAGUGGGUAUUGUUCUUGAUCAUGAACGAGUGGGUCGCAUAUGUCCACUGCGCCCCACCUUGCACUACGUUUUCGGUGGCGAGGCAGCCCCGUCUGAGGUCGAGGACGCAGCCGCUGGGUUUAGCCGCCGCGAACGAGGCCGCGCAGCUUGGCAACGUGCUGUUGUUCAGGGUGCUGCUGAUCCUCUGGGCGGCUCGUACAUGCGGCGCGCGCGGGUCCUUCGAGCACCUGGCUGGGGCGUGCACGUGGCACGUGCCCGCGAUGAAGAUGCUGUUCGGCAAGGCUGACUGUGGCACGCUGGAUUUCGCUGCUUGCUCGUUCGGAGUACCUUUUCAGAUGCCCACGAGGCAGGGCUUGGUGCACGCCGACUUCUUGCUGCCGCUGGCGAGGCCUUGCGUGCAUGGGCGGAGAGCCCGCGGCCGCCCGCUGCUGGGCGCUGCGCGCACUUCGCCCGCCGCCGCCUACUCCAACCAGCUGUGCGCGGUCUGGGCCGAGCUCUCGCGUGCGCACCUGGUGAAGGCUGGGGGGCCAAGCGAGCCGGCGCCUGCGCGGGCUGAUGCAGCUGGCAGGCUGGAGCAGCCUUUCGUCGAUGAUUUGAUCCGCUGCUGCCGCUGGCGCGCCUUCUGCUGCGACCCGUGCCCGCCCGCCGUGCACAUCAACCGGCUGGAGAUCCGCGCGCGAAUGAGGGCCAGGUCGAGAGCGGCCAGGCAGGAGCUGGGUGCGAGGCAGUCCUUCCUGCUGGACUCCACCGUGGCGCUGGGAGCGCGUGCCAAGGGCCGCUCGGCCUGGCGCGCGCUCAACGACGACCUGGAGCUGGGGCUUCCCGACGUGCUGGGCUUCGACGUCUACCCGGGCUACGAUUUCGCGCCGACCCGCCUGAUCCCGUCGGAGUGGUGCCGCUUGAUCGUGAAGCUGGUGCAGCUGUGGCAGCUGAAGGAGUUCGACAGCGCCCUCGGCUACCUUGGCGCGGGCCCUUUGCGCGCUGCGUGUUCGUGGACAGCGGCCGCUGCGCUCAUGAUGAUGUUCGCGCUGAUGAUAAUCACUGGUGUGAACGGAGCUCCCGUGGCAGGCGAGGCCCCGGCGGCGCGCCCUGCGGUUGACCUUCGCCCGUGGCCGCAAACGACCGCCAAGACCGCGCAGAUGAGACAGCUACUAUUCCUUAAGUUCGAGUCGUGGCUGCUGAAGCUGGACGGACGCUGCUCGCUGGGCGCGCUGGUGGCGCAGGUGCCGCGCGUGGUCGCCAACGUCGUGGCGGCGUACGGCCAGGUGCUCUACUCCCGCGGCAGGAGCCUCAACCACUCCACGGAGACCAUCAACGCGGUGGUGGGCGUCGAGUGGUCGCUGCGGAGGCACAUGGGCGCCGCGUGGGAGGUGGCGCAGGCGUGGCAGUUCGCGGUGCCGACGCGGCACCCGUGCCCCGCCCCCGUGCCAGUGCUGCGCGCCCUUGUGGCGUUGGCGCUCAGCUGGGGCUGGGCCGACGUGGCCGUCCUGAUCCUCUUGGCCUUCACCUGCGUGCUGCGACCGGGCGAGGCGCGUGGCUUGUGUUUCUCGGACUCGCUGCUGCCGUCGCAGCUGAUGUCGGAUGAUGAGGUGUGCUACGUGCGUGUCCGCCAGCCCAAGGCCCGAUGGGCUGUGGCGCGGAUGGAGCACGCCAGAUGUGAUGAGGUGAUCUUAGUCAGACUGUUGGAGAGGCUGGCUGAGGGCCAGCAGAGAGGGCAGCGGAUUUUCAGAGGCUCGUACCCGCACUUUCGCCGCUGCAAUGACGCACUCGUGCAGUUUUUCGGCGUCGCGGCCGCAGAGACCCGCGGCCUCGUACCGCGGCGGCGGCGCCAUUUUAUUUUUCCAGAAGUGCGAGGACUUGCCUCGCACGCAGUGGCGCGGGCGGUGGAGGCAGCUCGAGCCCAUGGGGAUUUACAUCCAGGAGUGGCCGCGGUGGCGUUCGUGCCGAACUUGGCGCAGGCCUCGCGUCAGCUCGUGGCGAGCUUCGCCGCUGCGCUGCCCGGCCUGCUCGCUCGCGCCAUCGACGGGCUCGAGCGUGGCAAAAUCUGA